UUAACCAGUGGGUUAACUGCUGGUUAAAUUAUCAUUUUGGUAAAAGUUCCGGUUAUCCUAUUGUACAAAACUUUGGUUAAAUUUAACCAAAGCAAGUUUCUGGUUAAAUUUAACCAACCUCUCUGAUACUGGUUAAAAGUUAACCAAUAUACAAAAUGGCUGCCUUUAUACCAAACGCCAGACGACCUAGACAGUUUAGACGAGUAAACAGACAAACUGACGACUUGGACAACGAGGAACUUCGACGACGCUACAGAUUUGGAUCUGAAAAUUUGGACAGACUAGAGGACCUCAUUGGGGAUCGACUUCGACAUGGGACGAACCGUAAUUUUUCUUUGACUGCACGACAGCAAAUACUGAUAGCACUCAGAUUUUUUGCAUCUGGGUGCUUUCUUCAGUUAAUCGGGGACACAUUUGGUGUCGACAUUGCCACUGUGUCCCGGACUAUUACCAGGGUGACGGACGUUUUAUUUUCACUGAAGGACGAAUACAUACGAUUUCCAACGACGGAUGACGAAAGACGGACUGUUCAACAGGGAUUUUAUAAAAUAAGACAAUUUCCCGGCGUUGUUGGUUGUAUAGAUGGCACACAUGUUAGAAUAAUUUCUCCGCCGAAAGAUCAAGAGGCAGCUUAUGUAAACAGAAAACGGUAUCACUCCAUAAAUGUCCAGGCCACUUGUAAUCAUCGCGGGCUAUUCACCAGUAUAAAUGCUUCAUGGCCUGGCAGUUCCCAUGACAGCCAUAUAUUUAGAAUUUCCAAUGUGUGCAGAUACCUAGAGGCUAGGCACCAAGGUUUUGAAAAAGGUGUUCUGCUAGGGGAUAGUGGAUAUCCAUGUAGGCCAUUUCUGCUGACACCCUAUCUCAACCCAACCAGUGAGAGAGAAGAGAGGUACAACAGGGCACACACAUCUACAAGAAAUGCUAUAGAGAGGACUUUUGGAGUGUGGAAAAGGAAAUUUCAUGUUUUGCAUUCUGAGGUUCGAAUGAAAGCAGCAAAGGUCAGUAAAGUGAUUGUGGCCUGUGCAGUCCUCCAUAACCUGGCCAUACUUUGGAAUGAACCUGAGCCACAGGAGCCUCAAGAUGAUGAUGAGCAGCCUCAGCCAGACCAAUACCAGGGACCUCAGGAUGGCCGUGGAGUCAGAAAUUAUGUGACCAACACCUUUUUUUAACAUGUUCUGGAGUGACUGUGAUUUCUGCUGUGCAUACAGCAUAUUGCAUUACAAGGAAAUAAAAUUUGAAAAUUG